CAGUCGUGUGAGAACCGCCGCCGAGGCAGGAGCUGGUAGUGCGCGCGCGCCGCUGCCGCCGAUUUGCGUCGCAGUGUCUCGUGGACCGCGUCGCGUCGAGUGUUUACCGUUGCGCGAGACGGGAGGCCGUGUGCAGUGCGAUAGGCGACCGCGAGGUCCACCCGCGGUGUCCUGGUGGUGGUCGUGGUGGGGCUGUUGUUGUUGUUGUUUGUGGUGGUGGUGAGUGCUUGUUGUGGCUGUGGUGGUGCUAUGUGAGGAGCGCGAUGCCGGAGGUGCUGCGGCGGCUGCUGCUGCUGCUGGGGCUGCUCGUGCUCGGGGCCGGCGCGCAGGCGAUGACCGGCAAGGACGCGGAGCGCACCGCGCGCCACAACGUGUGCCAGUCGGUGGACGUGCGCAACUCGGUGGAGGGCCUGGAGCGGCUGCGCGGCUGCGCCGUGGUGGAGGGCUUCGUGCAGAUCGUGCUGAUCGACGGCGCCGACGAGGAGAGCUGGGAGGGCGUGUCGUUCCCCGAGCUGCGCGAGAUCACCGACUACCUGCUGCUGUACCGCGUCGACGGGCUGCGCUCGCUCGCCGCGCUCUUCCCCAACCUGGCCGUCAUCCGCGGCAACAACCUCUUCCUCAACUACGCGCUCGUCGCCUUCGAGAUGAUGCACCUGCACGAGCUGGGCCUGCACUCUCUGACGGACAUCCUGCGCGGCGGCGUGCGCCUGGAGAAGAACCCGCUGCUCUGCUACGCCGACUCCAUUGACUGGAACCGCAUCGCGCCCGCCGGCAAGGACGCCCACUACAUCGGCGCGAACCGGCCCAAGAACGAGUGCCCGAUGCUGUGUCCCCGGACGCCGCAGUGCCCACGCUCCGCCGCUGGGGAGCCGCUCUGCUGGAACAGCAACCACUGCCAGAAGAGCUGCCCGGCGCAGUGCGAGGCGCGGGCGUGCGACACGUCCGGCGGCUGCUGCCACGCCAGCUGCCUGGGCGGCUGCUCGGGGCCCAGCGACCGCGAGUGCUUCGUCUGCCGGCACGUCGCCAUUCCGGGCCGCUGCGUCACGCGCUGCCCCCACGGCCUCUACCAGUACCUGAACCGCCGUUGUAUCAACGAGUCGGAGUGUCGGCAGAUGCCAAUUCCUCCAGAGGCGGAGGGCGACCUGUCGAGCCUCAACUGGAAACCUUUCAACGUGACCGGCGUGUGCCUGCUGGAAUGCCCGCCACUGUACGCCGAACAUCUCGUAGACACACCCGAGGGCCGUCAGCCUGUUUGCCUGCCCUGUAAAGGACCCUGUCGCAAGGAAUGCAAUCCGACCAAUGUGGACAGUAUAGCGUCUGCUCAAAGGUUGAGGGGUUGCACGUACAUCAAAGGGGCCUUAGAGAUCCAGAUACGUGGUGGAAAAAAUAUUGUGAAGGAGUUGGAGGACAACCUGAAUAUGAUUGAGGAAAUAGAAGGUUACUUAAAAAUCGUGCGAUCAUUCCCACUCGUUUCCUUGAAUUUUCUCAAGAGAUUGCGUGUCAUACGAGGAAAAAUAUUGGAAAGUGACAAGUACGCCUUGGUGGUGCUCGACAACCAGAAUCUCCAGGAGCUGUGGGACUGGGACUCGAGGCCAUAUGCUCUGAACAUUAGCAGAGGACGCCUGUUCUUUCAUUUCAACCCUAAACUUUGCCUGAGCAGAAUUGAGAAACUGAGGCAGGUUACUAGUCUCCCCGAGUUCUCUGACCUCGAUGUUGCUCCGUCGUCAAAUGGUGACAAGGUUGCCUGUAAUGUUACUAAUUUGGAGGUGAAAAUUAAGAAAACAGAUUCAAAAGGUGUGAUUAUUAGUUGGAAGCAAUUUGACCAUUAUGAUCCUCGCUCUCUUCUGGGUUACGUUGUCUAUUAUACAGAAGCUCCUUACCGAAACCUGACUCUGUAUGAUGGACGCGAUGCCUGUGGCAGUGAUGGAUGGAGAGUUGUCGAUGUUUGGGUAAAUGAGGACAGUCAGGAAAUAGAUCACUUGCUAUCACGCCUGAAGCCAUUCACGCAGUAUGCAUUCUAUGUCAGAACAUACACGAUUGCCACAGAGCGAACUGGGGCCCAGAGUGAGAUACAGUACUUUGUGACACUACCAGAUGUGCCAACUCCUCCACAGGUUGUCCGUGCUUUCCCUAACAGCAGCUCAGAUAUUGUGAUUGAAUGGAAGCCUCCCUUACAACCCAAUGGCAAUGUUACUCACUACGUCAUUACUGGAGGCUGGGCACAAGAUGAUCCAGACAAUCUUGAACGGAGAAAUUAUUGCAUGGAACCUCUGGUGUUCUUGGAUAAAAAGACAACAUAUCCACCACUACUGGAAGAAGAAGAGUCCAAGGAGGAUGAUGAGAAUGGGGAAUGUUGUACUUGCAAGGACUCUGAUCAGGAUAUUGAAAAGAUGUCACGCAAAGCGCAAGAAGCUGCAGUUCAAGCACAAAUUCACUUUGAGGAUUCACUGCAAAAUCAGCUGUAUGUCAAGAGGCUUCCUGCUGCAUCUCCUAAAACAAAAAGGUCUGUCUCUCAUUGGACUUACCAUUCACAGACCUCUGACAUCAAAGAAAAGGAUAGCCUAAAAUUUCCUAGUUUACAUUAUGACAAUGAAUACUUUGGGGCUGGUCAGUCCAUGCUGAUACCAAGUAAUGGCAAUAAUAGCUCAAAGAAUGGGCAGUUUAUGUACAAAGUUUAUCAAGUCAAUACUCUGGUUGUACACAAUCUUAAACAUUUUGCUGCAUAUACUGUUGGUGUACAAGCUUGCCGAGAGUUGGAGGGUAAUGAAACUGAGAAUACUACAAACUGCAGUCCUAAGAAGAUUGUUACUGUGCGAACUCAUGCAAAUGAGACAGCAGAUAACAUCAACCCUCAAACUCUUACUGCAGAAGUGAAUCAAACUGUAGGCACUGUCAAACUGAGGUGGGAAGAGCCCAAACAACCUAAUGGAAUAAUUGUGACAUACCAGAUUGAGUAUGGACGUGUUGAUAGAGUCCCGCCCAAGACGAUUGUUGAAUGUACACCUAGGAGCGAGUUUAUUAGGAACAACCGCUCAUACAUGCUUGUGAAUCUGUCACCUGGGAACUACAGCCUUAGAGUGAGAGCUACAUCUCUGGCUGGCAAUGGAAACUACACAGAAACCAGAUACUUCUAUAUACAGGACUUGCCGUCGUCGUCAAGUGUCAAGGUGCUCGUGGGCGGCCUGGUCAGUGCACUCCUGCUGCUUGCAGUCGUGUGUGCUGUCGGUAUUUACAUGCGACGCAGGUACCUGUCUCAGGUUCCGAGCAUGUUGAUUGCUUCUGUGAAUCCCGAAUAUGUACAAACAACAUAUGUGCCAGAUGAGUGGGAAGUGCCACGUGAAAAAAUAAAAUUAGUCCGAGAACUGGGCCAAGGUUCAUUUGGUAUGGUGUGGGAAGGCAUCUACUGCCACAAGACUGAAAAUGAGAGGCGUUGUGCUGUCAAGACUGUGAAUGAGCAUGCCACUGACCGUGAACGGUCAGAGUUCCUAAAUGAAGCAUCUGUCAUGAAGGCAUUCAACACACAUCAUGUGGUUCAGUUGUUGGGUGUAGUCUCCAAAGGACAACCUGUUUUAGUUGUCAUGGAACUCAUGGCCAAUGGUGAUCUGAAAACGUAUCUGCGCUCACACAGACCAGAUGUAAAUAUGGACCCAUCACGGCAGCCACCUACUCUAAAGCGCAUAUUACAAAUGGCAAUAGAAAUAGCUGAUGGUAUGGCAUAUCUCUCAGCAAAGAAGUUUGUGCAUCGUGAUCUCGCAGCCCGUAACUGUAUGGUUGCAGAGGAUCUCACUGUAAAAAUUGGUGACUUUGGAAUGACAAGGGACAUCUAUGAGACUGAUUAUUAUCGAAAAGGCUCCAAAGGACUUCUACCAGUACGGUGGAUGGCACCAGAAAGCUUGAAAGAUGGUGUUUUUACCAGUAGUUCUGAUGUCUGGAGCUAUGGUGUAGUGCUGUGGGAAAUGGCCACACUUGCCUCCCAACCGUACCAGGGACUUUCAAAUGAUCAAGUUUUACGUUACGUUAUUGACGGAGGGGUGAUGGAACGCCCUGAAAACUGCCCUGACAAACUUUAUGAACUUAUGCGACUGUGUUGGGAGUACAGUCCAAAUGAACGCCCUGCAUUUGUAGAUCUCGUAUACAUGCUGCUCCCUGAUGUCUCAGAAUCAUUUGCAAAGGUGUCAUUCUACCACAGUCCUGAGGGUUGUGAACUAAGACAGCACCGCAUGGAUGUGGAGAAGGCCGAAGAUGAUCCGGCCACCCCACUACGCGAAGACUUCCACGCCAACGGUAAUGGCGGUAACGGCGUCAAUGGCUGGAUCGUAUCAUCUCCUACGACUCGCACCACGCAGUGUUGACCGAGGAGGACAGUAGUAGCCUCUCUUAGUGGUCUGUUGGGAAUUGAACUUUGAUGAAAGCCUAUUUUAGGUACAUACUUUGCCACAAGUAGUUUCCCACACAGACAUGCUAAAAACGUUGUGAAUUAUGCCAGGUGAUACAAAAAUUGAAUUAUAAAAUUAUAGGUUGUGCCUUUGUGUGACCUGGUUGCACAGGAAUUGAAAUUUGAACUGUGAAUUUAGCACGAAGCUGCAGGUUCUGACUCUUGGAUGAGUGAUUACCUGUUCCCACGGAUGGCAUCUAAUCUGUGAUUAUAACAAAUUACUGCAAUAGAGACUGAUAGGAGAAUUGUUCCCAGUGUAUUUUACGUACUGCACAAAGUCUGGAAAACUGCCCAUUUCUAGACACAUCAUCAAAGGCAGUGCUUCUAAACUGGCUGUGAGCAUUUUAACAUAAGUAGAUGUUAGUAAAAAAUAUGACUGCUGUCACACUGGACUGAGUGUAAAAAUAAGAAUAGGUUUAGUUUAAUGUAAUGAGUGAAUUGCAAGUGGUGCAUAUGACAAACAAAACUUAGCUCAGCUUGUGACAGACUGACAUGAUUUUUUUCAUGGUAUCUUUGCAGUUAGAACCAAAGAUGUCAGUCCGUGUGUGGCUUCCAGAAUCAACUGACACAUAAGUGACUGUUAUGGAUGUGACAUAUACACUGAUAUUGGUGAUGUCUUACAUAAUAAAAUGCACUCUUCAUUCCUGUUUGAUCCAGUGAGGUGGCCUUUUCACUGCAGAAGUGUAGUCCUGUGUGUUUGUGAGUUAUCGUAUGCUAUUAAAGUGUGAGUGAUAAUGGUUAUAGGACGUGUGAACACCAUGGUAGUGUACACAUUACGUGUUUCCGAAAAGGAGUGAAGAGUUAUGAAGGGCUGGUCUGGUGGAUAUAUAUCAGUGUCCCCCAGGUCUGAUUUUAGCCAGUGUUACUGUCAGUAUUUAUGUUAGUUCAUAAAAAUUUUCAGUUUGUUUGUUAAUAGUAUUUAUUCCUAAUAUGGAACUACAUUACUAAUGUAAAUUUUUUUGUAAUUUUUAUUGCUCUAUCAUUUCCAGUGAUCAGUUCCUAUCUCUAGAACAUGAUAUCUUUUCAGUGUCUUUGUAGUGUAUUUUAAUAUAGGCUGUUCAACACUGGUCGUGUUGUUGUAUACUGAUUCAGGUGUUAUUCCAUUGUAAUGUAAAUACGUAAAGAACUUCUGGGCAAUGUCUAGUGAAUUAUGUGUUUUGUACUGCAUAAAACAGCUCACUACAUCUCAGCUCUGUUAAGUUAUUGAA